GAAACGACGAUCGUUUUCGCUGUCGAGUUUCGUUGGCUGAGCGGUAAAUGGCUUAGAGCGCAGAAUCGAGGAGGGCGCGGACGUCGGGUUAGAGAAACGAGAGGAGAAAUCGUGUUGCUAAAUAUAAUACGUCGAGGCACGCGGUUUCCAGGACCGAGCGGACGGUUCGUCGAAAAAGUCCGCGAAACUGUAUCGUUCGUUCACGGGGCUCCUUGCCCGGACCUUUACGGACACGUUCGUCAGUUCGUCGUUCUCGUACGAGAUUCGCCAAAGUUAGAGAAAACCGGUGGUGAAUUAUUUCUCCAUCUCUUUCUCUUUCUCUCCCUCUCUCUCUCUCUCUCUCGCAUUCGAUUGCAAGGGGGUAAAAGUACCACGAACGCAUUUUUCUUCUGUAAGAAAUAAAGGAUCCAAGCCAAUAAUAGAGAUGAAUAUUCCGAAAAGCGACGGCCUCCUGUCUGUGGUCCUACCUUCCGAAAUUCCAUCAUCUGCCAGUUCGCAACAACUCUUUAUAAAUCAGGACCAACAGGACGAGGAAGCUUCGGAUUGUCCGCUUUUGACGCCGAGUCCACCUCCGGCCGUGCAGAUUAAUAAUUCCCUCGAAUCGGCCCCGAUAUACAGGCCUCUAGAAGGAGUACCUUUGGAGAUGAUAACAACGCCAACGCUCGAGAACAUAAAUGAGGAGGAUGGACUUAAUGCGUUUAUGAAUCUCGUUAACAGUUCGUGCAAACCUCUCCACGAUGAGCCGAGUUCGCGCGAUCCGAUGGUGGAAUCGAGCACAAGCGGUAGCAGCAGCGAUACGAACGAGCCGGUUUGCGCUCAAUUACUUACACAGCUGAAUACCGCUUAUCAACAUUUAGCACCAGACGCACAAGCUCUAUUUUACAAUCAGGAGAAUGGUGGGAAGCCACCGCUCGUUGGGAUACAACUGGUCGUCCCCAAAUCACCGAAAGAUUAUCGAUUUAUGAAAUGGAACUGGCCUCUGAUAAGAAAGACUUGUUUUUGGUCGUUGAUGUCGGUUUUGGCUGGAUGCACCGCUCUUGUCAUAGGUGUCCUCGCGACGAUGCCCAAAAGAUGCGAUCCUUCGGUAGAAUGGUGGCAAGGCAACGUUUUCUACGAGAUCUUUCCAGCUUCCUUUCAAGAUUCCUCGAAGGGCGGCGACGGUAUCGGUGAUUUACGUGGCAUUACUAUGCGCCUGGAUUAUCUCAAGAGACUCGGCAUUCGUGGAAUUCGUUUGAAUUCGAUCUUCCCAGCGCCGCACUAUCCGGAAUAUUAUUCGGACGUUAGCAACAUGACAGACAUUAACGUGAAUCUCGGUACGUUGAAGGAUUUUGAAAAACUGGUACACGAGAUACAUCGUAGAAACAUGAGCAUUAUCCUGGAUUUACUGCUUUAUCCGUACGUAAAGACCCUCGAAGGUGAGGAAGUGGCAACGAUUAAGCCGAAUAAAACGGACAAAGCGAUCCGCGAAAGAAGAGCUCUGCCAAAGAAUUCGGUACUCGAAGAUGUAGUCCUGACAACGCCUCCUGGCUCGAUUCAAAAAGUUCAAGACACUUUGUCGAUGGUUAGCAGUACUUUAGCACCCUUCGAAGAACCAAGAGCUCUACCAGUUUCCUCGGAUUUCAUCGGUAACGAUCAUCCGAUAAGUUUGGCUAUUAAAACGUGGCUUGGUAGGGGGGUCGAUGGAUUUUAUUUGAAGGGUCUCGAACGUUACGUUCACGAAAACAACUUUCCAAGUAUUCUAAGAUAUUGGAAAUCGUUGUUAGGUCCUCGGAAGAUACUCAUUUGUCACGUGGAUGCAUUAAAUGCUGCGAUGCAUUUCGACAGAUCGAGAAACACCAUACUUACGAGGAUAGAUCUGAUCGACGUCGCUUUACGCGUAUCCAAUGGAACUGAGGAUAUAAAGGCGCAGGUGGAAAGUAUUACGAAAGGUAUACUUUUCGAAAAAGCAUCUUACCCGUGGGUUCACUGGUCCAUCGGUGGCGUUGAUUUCAGAAGAAUCGCUUCGAGUAUCAACGUCAAGAACGCUUCGAUGGCUGUCUCUCUUUUGGCUUUGAUGCUUCCUGGAACACCUAGUAUAUUUUAUGGAGACGAGAAAGGUAUAAUUGAUUGCGAGUGCGAAGAUCAUCAGGAUUUGGAACAUUUGCAUAAUCUUGCACCGAUGUACUGGGAGAAGAAAGACGGAUUAGAUGAUAAAUUUACAUCGAUCGGGGUCACUGCCUGGUUGCCCGAGGCUUCGAAACCUUUGGAAACGAGUCUGAUCGGUACGAUAGCUGAAAUGACCAAAUUGAGGUCCGACACACCGCCGAUUUACGUUAAAGCUAUUGCCAAAGAUAACGGAGUCAUAGCUAACUGUGAUAUUAGAUACACGAAGGAUGAGAUUAUCGUGAUAGAACGUUGGUAUCCUCGAAGAAACUCGUACGUUUUCGUUGCCAAUCUCGGCAACGAGUCAAAAUCGAAGGAUUUGUCGUCCCUUUAUUAUGGUGGUCACGUCGUCGUUGGACCAGCAAAUAGAUUGAAACAAGAUGUUUUCUUCAAGGAACUUAACGUUCCACCUGGUGAGGCUUUCGUCAUCAAAUUGGACAAGUGAGAAAAUUCGAGCAGAGUUCCUGAAAGCAACAAAAUAAAAUGUCGACUCAUAUAUUUUCGGUGACGCGUCUAGUGCCAAGUGUUACACGUAUUAUCCUACGGAGGAAGCAGCUUCGUACCGUAACAGUUCAAGUUACUCUUUAUAAUUGUCUUUACGAUUAUCUCGAGACGAAUUUUUUCUUUAACGACUUGAUCGUGACCACCGGUAAGAAGCAGUUAAUUAGGUACAAACACCGCUCGGUCACAACAUUUUUAUCGCGAAAUGAAGUUUAAAGUACAGCAGGGAAAAAACUACGACGACUAAAAUGUUCCGUAAGGUUCUACGAUACGAUCUACCGCGAUCGGAUUAAUCGUCACGUCUGUAGAAUCUUUAUUCACAUUCCGAAAGAACUAAGACAGUACGAUUUCGUAGAUCGAGUUGAUUACUUUAUACGAGUCUCUAUGUGUUCACUUUGAUAGUCUGCCGGCCUGUGGAACUUUCAAUCUCUAAAGACACAACGAAUGUUAUUCUUUUUUAAUUACACUCUCGUCAAGGAUCGUCAAUUCUCUUGAGUCUCCAAAUAAUUUGAUUUACUUGGAAUUUUUAACGGAGAUGCGAUGAAUAUUUACCGAAACAUUUUGACAUGGAGGGGGGGGGGGAUACUUUUAAUUAAUAUAAAUAUA